UCUUUGGAGAUGCGUGGUAGCGAGGGGUGAGGUCGUGAUUCGAUUCUUGACGUAUAUUACAUAUUACCAUUAGGCUUUGUUGGCACGAUGGGAUGGGCUGGGAUGACGACGAUUACGACCUUUAUACCAUUUGUGCUUUGUAUUUAGCUGGGUCCGGACUGUACAGCGGGUUGCUUUCGCUAGCAGGGGGUGGAUGGAGAAGAGGGGCGCAUGGAUUCCUUGCGCCCGGCGUCGACGCAUUAAUCAAACAAGUCAUGACCACUUUGUGCUCCUCGAUCCUUCUUUGACGGUAAAAUGGUUGAUGAUGUGACUACGUUCAAUCAUGAUCGCUCGUGCAUUGCUGCAGGUCGCUGCGA